GCCCACCUGGAGUGUCUGACUCGCGCCUGUUGCUCGCGCUACUUUUUUUGGCUCUGGCUGGGGUGUGUGUGUGUCCUGUCGCUGAUAAUGAUCUGUGUGCAUGCAGAUGAUGAACACGCCGCUUCCUGCUUUUCCGCGGCACUGCUGGUGAUGAUGGGGUGGAUGGGCGGCGCGGCGGACCGGAGGAGAAGUGCUUGUUGUGCGUUUGCGUUAAAGCUGCCUUUCAUUCUCAAGGGAGCGUUCGGGAGUUUGGCAUUCUAGUGUUCUCCUGCUCUCAUGAUCUCCUCUUAAUGGCGACUGAUCAGUGGCAUUCUCACCAUGGCAUGUGAUCGUUGAUGGGCGCACUGCAUGUUGGCACCUGCAUAUCGGUCACUGGGGGUCUUUGGGAAGAAUACUGAACUGAAGACACGUCUGCAUUCUUGCUCAGCUCUUUCUAGUCAUUAUGUCUACUAAAAAAGCGCCCAUGUCGGAUAAUGAGGUUAAAAACGGAACGUCGAGAAACAUGCUGGAACGAUGCGCCUCGGUGAAUGAAUAUUUUGACAUUUCCUUCAAGGCAUACUGAUGCAGAACCUGUGCUGUACUGUAAGGAUCUCUGAAGAUCAAGUGAUGCUGCUAGGAGACUCGGCCGUUGGGAAGACCUGCGUCCUGGUGCGCUUUAAAGAUGGUGCCUUUCUGGGAGGCAACUUCAUUGCCACCGUCGGGAUAGACUUUAGGAACAAGGUGGUAACUGUGGAUAACAUGAAAGUCAAGCUGCAGAUUUGGGACACAGCAGGGCAGGAAAGGUUCCGCAGUGUCACUCACGCCUACUAUCGAGAUGCACAGGUAACAUGUUUGAGAUGCUCGUGCUCAGUUUGUCUUUCUCUCUUUGUCAUCUCGCCUCGUUCAGCUCUCCUCCUCCUGUAUGACAUUACAAGAAAAUCAUCUUUUGACAAUAUCAGGGCCUGGCUGACUGAAAUUCAUGAGUACGCACAGAAGGAUGUGGUCAUCAUGUUGCUUGGCAACAAGUCAGACAUGGCAGCUGAGCGAGUCAUUAAGCCUGAGGAUGGACAGAAGCUGGCCAAGGAGUACGGAGUUCCUUUCAUGGAGACGAGUGCCAAGACAGGUGUUAAUGUGGAGCUUGCUUUCCUCGCCAUAGCAAGAGAGCUGAAGCACAGAGCAGCUCAACAGCCUCAUGAGCCGAAGUUCCAGAUCCAUGAUUACAUCGAGUCCCAGAAACAGAAGUCCAACUGUUGUGGUGCACUCAUGUGACGACUUCACCUACUCGUACCGGAGCGAGGGAAGAAGCGGCGAAACAAUAAAGAAGAAAGCAACAUCAACAACAACUAAUCCAUGAUGAAAAACAGUGAUGGUCAGCGAUAAUGGUGUGAAGAGACAUAAUGUGUGAGAGAAACACUUAUUUGGAUGUGUGUGGCAUUAAACCUCUCUUGCUUUUGCCAUCAGGUGUAGACUUUGUCUGUCUUCGUACUCUGACUGUAAUUAAAGGUAAUGGAGCUUAAUGUGCUGAGGUAGACGGCAGCCGUGUGUGUGGCUUCUCCGAGCUCUCGUCUUGCUGUUUAUUUAUUUUUCUUAUUAUUAAAUGAAGCAACCUGAACUCAUUAUUCAUUCUAUUGUGCGUUUCAGUUUACUUGUGAGGGUCAUCUCUCAUAAUCAUGAUCUCUUUCAUUUCAGUAGUAAUGUUGAUAGACAUGUCCAGCUCUAAGCACAUUAACACACUGAAAUUGAACCACUAACAUUGAAAAAUGUUCUAAGCCAUAUUUUUGUGUUAAUGAACUUGUAUAUAGAAAUAUGUGGUUUUGGAGUUAUACCUUGUUUUUGUGAUUGGUGUAUCGUGAGACCCGGAGUAAAAAGUAUUUCUCUGGAACUUAAUUCAAAAAGCAAAUCAAUGGACUUUCACACCACCUUUAUACUUGGCAUCUAUCUGUGACUUUUUUUGUUGUUGUUGUUGUUUUUUAAAGAGAAAAUUCCACAGAGCAGGCAGUUUGGUCAUGCUUUUAUGAUUGUAAAAUGCAGUUCACUGUAAUCUGUAUAAACAUCUGGUUUGUAUUUCAAGAUUUGUGAGGUAUUGAAAUGAUCAACUCUUGCUGUUGAAUUGCUUUGUGGAAACUAGACUUGAUUACUGAUUUAUUGCUACUAGUCUUAUUUAGUUGUUACUUGUAACUCAGUGACUUUGUUCCUGAGAUCACAAAGUGCCAAAACAAAUUGCUCUGUAUAGAAACUGUACAAAUCUCUAUUUUGUAAUGUAGAGUGUUGUUGCAACGUGUUUAAGUUAUGAAUGUCGAUUUAUAAAAGUGGAUCGAAGAUUAGGGGGUUGGACGAAACUCUUCUGUGCCCAUAAAGUUUAUUUACUUUUG